CUGCAAAUUGUGAAUAUUAAUGUGAAGCCGUACUUUCGCGAUGGUGAAUGUUAUGAAAGGAAUUCUGGUCGAAUGCGAUGAAGCUAUGAAGCAGUUUCUGUUACAUUUAGAUGAUACCUUUGCCUUGGGAAGAAAGUUUAUUAUUCAAGAUUUGGAUGAGAAGCAUUUGUUUAUUUCUGCCGAUAUAUUAGACAUCUUACAAACAAAAGUGGAUGAUUUAAUGGAUCAAAUAUCAUUUCCAUUGACAGAAAAAGGACUAUAAUUACAGA